CAGCGCCCCCGUCGAGCAUCACCAUACAGUACGAUACCGUGACAGACCGACUGCAGUCAGUCCAACAACUGGGACAGCAGUGUGUCGUUCUCAAACUUCCAUUGAAGGCAGAAAAACAGCUUUUUUUGUGUGUUUUGACGUGACGUGAUGAGCGGCAGGGUUGGCGACCUCAGCCCGAAGCAGGCAGGGGCAUUGGAAGAGUUUCGAGAGAGGAUUCAGGACGUUCUUCCACUACUUCCUGCUCAUCAUGACCACUUCCUGUUGCGCUGGCUCAGAGCCAGGAACUUCAAUGUCAACAAAUCAGAGGCCAUGCUGAGAAAGCACCUUGACUUCAGGAAACACAUGAACGCAGACACAAUCACCACAGAAUGGCAGCCUCCAGAGGUGAUAGAGAAGUACCUGUCAGGUGGGAUGUGUGGGUACGACCGUGAGGGGAGCCCCAUCUGGUGGGAUGUCAUCGGCCCCGUGGACCCCAAGGGCCUCUUCCUGUCAGCGUCUAAACAGGACUUCAUCAAGUCUAAGAUCAGAGACUGUGAGAUUCUGCAGAAGGAGUGUGAGCUGCAGUCUGAGAGGUUGGGGAGACAUGUUGAAGCCAUCACUAUGAUCUAUGACUGUGAUGGUCUGGGUCUCAAACAUUUAUGGAAGCCUGCCAUCGAGACUUACGGAGAGAUCCUGACCAUGUUUGAAGACAAUUACCCAGAGGGCCUCAAGAGACUGUUUGUCAUCAAAGCCCCUAAGCUCUUCCCUGUGGCUUACAACCUCAUCAAGCACUUCCUGAGUGAGAUCACCCGCAACAAGAUCAUCAUCCUGGGGGCUAACUGGCAGGAGGUGUUGUUGAACUACAUAGACCCAGAGCAGCUUCCUGCCGCGUACGGAGGGAAACUCACCGACCCUGACGGGGACCCUCGCUGUAGGAACAAGAUCCACUACGCAGGGCCGGUACCUGCUUCCUACUUCGUGAGGGAGUCCGUGAAGGUGGAUUAUGAACAGUGUCUGACAGUCAGUCGAGGCUCCUCACAGCAACUGGAGUAUGAGAUACUCUUCCCUGGCUGUGUGCUCCGGUGGCAGUUUUCCAGUGAUGGGGCAGACAUCGGCUUUGGGGUGUUUAUGAAGGGUAAGAUGGGGCAGAGGCAGAAUGCAUCGCAGAUGCAGGAGGUGGUUCCCAGCCAGAGAUACAAUACCCACCUGGUGCCUGAGGACGGCUCUCUCACCUGCAGCGAGCCUGGAAUCUAUGUGCUGCGGUUUGACAACACCUACAGUAUCUUCCAGUCCAAGCGCAUUAGCUUUACGGUCGAGGUCCUGCUCCCCGGCCAAUCGCAAUCUCUGAAGAAAAUGAUUGGGAUGGAAUCUGGGGCCAGCAACCAAUCACAGUCUCUGAAAAAUAGGGGUGGGUCAGAAAGGGGGGCUAGCAGCCAAUCGCAGUCUCUGAAAAACAGAGGUGGGUCAGAAAGGGGGGCUAGCAGCCAAUCGCAGUCUCUGAAGAACAGGGGUGGGCCGGAAUCUGGGGCCAGCAGCCAAUCGUGACAGACUUUACUGAGUUGCUAAUCUCUCAUGGACAGAUGAAACAGGCGAGAAUCUGUCAAGGCUCACGUAGAAUUAUGUGAUUACAAGCAGAAGUAGCUCCUCGUUUUAGGGGUUACAUCAUUGAUUAUUUGGACAAAUCAGGAUUGGGUGAAGGCGGGGCUUAAACUGGUGCCGUGAUUUUCAAGCCUGUGUGCAGAUGAUAAACGGUUUCUACUAGAUUCCACAGCCACAAAGUCAACAUCUAUUUUUUGUUUUUUGCCAUGAUAAACACUGGUGAAAUUAGGGUUGGCUGAGAGUUUCCGUUUGGGAAGGAGGAGACUUCGUUUCCUUUGCACAUAAUUAAUCAGAAUUGUUAACGGCAAUCCCCCCCAGAAGUAAAACAGGAUAUUAGAUCAUUUUACUUCUAAGUAACUGAGAUUACUGAGUUGCUAGCCUGUCCUAGAUUAUAGUGUGUCCCAAAUGCCACCCUAUUCCAUAUAUAGUGCACUUUGGGACACAAGCCUGAGUCUUACCCUCCCAACCAUGGUCAGUGAGAACUUGAAAGCACUGAAACAGACCCCACUGGUCCGCACUGAGGGAUUUCAUCUGACCAUGGACCGUUCCAUAUGCUGCUCAAACAAACAAAUGUAUGUAGCUCUGAUCCAGGGGGUUACAUGUGGCUUGCUGAUGCUGAGACUUCAACAUCGGCAAGCUGCACGUAACGCCCUGGAACAGAGCUAGGACGUACACUGAAGAGAAACCAAGAGUUCCACAACUCGGGGUCCCUAGAAUGUAGAUGUAUUCAUACACAAAUGUCAAUAACAACUGGCUUACUUGAACAGUAUGUUUAUGGAAGAGAUAUUUUAUCUCAUAGCCCGGGGAUAUCUACUAUAGAUGACUCUCAUUGUUAUUGUUCAGGGCGUAUUAUUCUGCAGUGCUGAACAGGGCACAUAGCCACAGAGCAGGGUGUAUUAUUUUGCAGUGCUGAACAGGGCACAUAGCCACAGAGCAGGGCGUAAUAUUUUGCAGUGCUGAACAGGGCACAUAGCCACAGGGCAGGGCGUAUUAUUUUGCAGUGCUGAACAGGGCACAUAGCCACAGAGCAGGGCGUAUUAUUUUGCAGUGCUGAACAGGGCACAUAGCCACAGAGCAGGGCGUAUUAUUUUGCAGUGCUGAACAGGGCACAUAGCCACAGAGCAGGGCGUAUUAUUUUGCAGUGCUGAACAACCUUCUCAAUAUUCAAGGAAUAAGGAAAGACUUCAGAGAUUCAUUCUCUCUGUCUCUGUCUCUCUGUCUCUAUCUAUCUCUAUCUAUCUGUCUCUCUCUGUCUCUCUCUCUGUCUGUCUGUCUGUCUCUCUCUCUCUGUCUCUCUCUCUCUCUCUGUAUCUCUAAUUCAAAUAAUAAUAAUCAAGAUUAUUAACGGGAUAAUCAAUAACAUUCAUUUUAUGGCAGGCAGCAAUUUUGGGCUUCCGAGUGGCGCAGCGGUCUAAGGCACUGCAGUGCUAGAGACGUCACUACAGACCCUGGUUCAAUUCCAGGCAGUAUCACAACUGACUGUGAUUGGGAGUCUCAAAGGACGGAGCACAAUUGGCCCAGCGCUGUCCGGGUUUGGCCGUCAUUGUAAAUAAGAAUGUGUUCUUAACUGACUUGUCUAGUUAAAUAAAGGUUAAAUAUAAAAUACAAAUGUAGUGUGCUGCCAACCCACAGCUCUCUGCGUCCUCCCCCAACAGGACGGGUAGCCUAUUGCUCUUUUUUCAGUUUUAUUAUUAGUGAUUAUUGUCCUAAUUCUGCCCUGCAUGCAUUGUUUGUAGUUUUCCUCCAACAAUGUAGGAUAAUGGUACAGAACUCUGCAUGCAGGGUUUCAAUUAGGUGUUUGUCCCAUUGGGUCAAAUCUUUGAAAGUGGACCCCACACCUCGCUGCCAUAAAUUGCAAUUGGUUCAAUGACACCCAAUUAGUUUUAGCUAAUUGGUAUUUCAAUUUGAAUUGUUUUUUUUAAUGGCGUAGAAUGCCCUGCAUGCUUUCUCUCUCAGUUCAUUCACUGACCCGCUUAGGUGUCCAGUUGAGCUUAUUUUUUAAACAUAAGUAAUUGUAACCUAAACCUAAGUAAUCUCUCUCUUUCUCUCUCUCCCUCCUCCUCCUCUGUCUUCUUCUCCCUCUCCUCCUUUGUCUUCUUCUCCCUCUCCUCCUCCUCCUCCUCUGUCCUCUCCUCCUCCUCCUCCUCUGUCCUCUCCUCCUCUGUCUUCUUCUCCCUCUCCUCCUCCUCUGUCUUCUUCUCCCUCUCCUCCUCCUCUGUCUUCUUCUCCCUUUCCUCCUCUGUCUUCUUCUCCCUCUCCUCCUCUGUCUCCUCCUCCUCAGGCCAUUUUGACUGUGUAUUUUUUGUUGUUGUCAUCAAACAUUUCUGUUGAACAUUUUAAAUCCAUACGUUGACAUACCAGUAGUUUUAUUUUCAGGGAAAACAAAUAUAUAUAUCUAUAUUGAGUAUUGUUAAAGCAAGACCUGUGAGAAAGCUAAUAUCCACUGUACAAGGUAUUGUCUCAUUAAGCAUCAAUAUGCUACAACAGGGGUUUCUUUUCACGUGUAUUACUGUUAACAGAGAUAACCCAAUCUAAUAUAGCAUCAGCUUGACUUUUUUUAUUUGAGGGACCUGGGUAAAUGUUGUUUUGAAGCUCAUUUCCUGUAAUUCAACAUAGUUUAACAAGACUCAUGACAUCUUUCAGAUAGGCUGUUUACAUAUGAAUAAGAAUAAUAGAUAAGGAAGAUAAAGUCUAGACCCAAGUUCCCCAAAUGUUUCCAAAUAUGUUUUAUGAUCAUUUAUAUGAACCCUCAAUGUAAUUAUACAUAUUCUCUUUUACAGGAAGUGAAUAGAUCAAUUGAUAGCAACAGAGUCACACAUUGUGUCAAAUUUCUAUGACUCCUCGGCAUUAGAAUGUCGUAGCUUAGCUUCUGAAUGUUACAGAGACAAACCAAAGAUAUUAAUUCCCAUGUG